AUGUCUUAUUCAUCAAGACAUCAGUCUUCGAGGAGGGCGUACCCACAUACCAGCGACUCCGGUCACGCAACCUAUGAAGACUAUGAGGACUACUCUCAUCCUCUGCCCCAACAUGCCCUCUCAUCUCAUCAGAGCUACAGAUCGCAUGUUCUCCAUGAAGGUCUCAGAAGCCAUCAUUCUUAUGUCAGCUCUGAUUAUCACGAUCCUCGCAACAUUUCCAUGGCGAGUCGCAAAGUUACAGUGACGGAGUAUCGAAUCCACACCAGCAGCGGUGAGUCCGCGACUUCUCAUCAUCGUCGUAGGGAGUCCACUGCUUAUGACAGUCAUCGGUCUACAUCCGGUCGAAUCCACACCAGCAGCGGUGAGUCCGCGACUUCUCAUCAUCGUCGUAGGGAGUCCACUGCUUAUGACAGUCAUCGGUCUACAUCCGGCUACCGACAGAGGCGGCGCGCUCCUUCUUGUUCUUCGUCAGAUCCAGAUGAUAAAGACGAACGGUAUUCCUCUGACGAAGGUCAUAGAGAUCCAACAUGGCAACCCUCAGCUGAAGAGCGGCGAAGACAUCCCAGCAACGCACAUGCAAAACACUCGCAGCCAAAGGAGCCUAAGCCAAGAUAUACAGACGGUCGUUCCAGCAGAUCAAAAAGCCACAGCAAUCGCAAAUAUGCAACGAACGAUGAUCGCAGUCAGGGAAAUCCUGAGAGCGGCAGCAGUCGCCGUGAAGAAAGUCCCCACAGCAGUAGAAGCGAAAGUCGCCGGGGACAAAGCUUCAGAACCAAGAGGAACGAAGCAUCUCAUGGGGAUCACGAGGAGAGAUACCAUCAGGAGGUGCCACGUGUAAAGGCCAAAGAAGAUUUACCAGAUCAUUACGCUACUUUAAAAAUCGGCCCUCACGCUACGGAUAAGGAGAUCAAGAGCGCUGCCAAGCGCAGACGUGUCGAAGUCCAUCCAGACAAAUUGAAGAAAGAGGGGAUGUCUGACUCUGAACGUGUCAAAAUCGAUGCGGCAGCCGCCAUGGUAGGCCACGCAGCUGAUGUACUACAAAACCCGGAGCAGAAGUUGAGGUAUGACGUCAAAUUGUACGCGGCAAAGGGCUGGAAAUGGCAUGGCAAGUGA